AUGAAGGCCCAAACAGCAUUGACCGGCCUGGUGUCGGUGGCCGCCCUUCUCCCUGAGGCCUCGGCCAACAUAGUCGCUAUCCGUAACCCCUCUGUUGAGCAGGCUGCUGCAGAGGCUCUCGCUAUUCCUCUUGCCGUCCUGAAGCGCGCAGCUCCUGACGCUCCUAAUGGCUACGUCCCGACACACGUCGACUGCCCUUCCAACCGCCCUACCAUCCGCCAAGCAACCACCGUUUCGCCAAACGAAACAGAAUGGCUCUACGUGCGAAGGAACAAUACCGUCUCGGCCAUGAGAAACUUGCUUGGUCGCAUGAACAUCACUGGACUCGACACAAACGCUUACAUCGAUAGUGUAGCAAACAAUGUUAGCGCUCUCCCCAACAUUGCUAUUGCUGGGUCGGGCGGUGGUUACCGUGCUCUCAUGAACUACGCUGGUGCCGUCGCUGCCUUCGACAAUCGCACUUCAAACUCUACUGCUACUGGUCAGCUUGGCGGUCUCUUGCAGGCUUCUACCUACCUCGCCGGUCUUUCAGGGGGUUCGUGGUUGGUAGGAAGUCUGUUUGUCAACAACUUCACUUCGGUCGAGAACAUCCUCGCUCAAGAUACCCCUGACAACGGAGGCACAUGGCAGUUCGGUAGAUCCAUUCUCGAGGGGCCUGAGAGCAGCGGUCUCUCAAUCUUGAACACUGCCGGUUAUCUCAAGGAUAUCUACGACACUGUCCAGGACAAAAACGAUGCUGGCUACGAGACCACCAUCACUGACUACUGGGGACGCGCUCUUUCCUACCAGUUGGUCAAUGCUAGCGAUGGAGGGCCUGCUUACACCUUCUCAUCUAUCGCUGACUCGGACAACUUCAUCGCCGGUAACACACCCAUGCCCAUCUUUGUCUCUGACGGCCGUGCUAGAGGCCAGCUCGUCAUUGAUGGUAACGCUACUGUCUACGAGAUGAAUCCCUGGGAGCUUGGUACUUUCGAUCCUACUACCUAUGCUUUUGCCCCUAUUCGCUACCUUGGCUCAAACUUCUCUGACGGUGUCGUUGUCGACGGCGACAUGCAGUGUGUCCGUGGCUUCGACAAUGCCGGUUACAUCAUGGGCACAUCCAGCUCUCUCUUCAACCAGGCCUUCUUGCAGGUCAACGGUUCCACCGGUCUGAUCGCCGAGGCCAUCACCGCUGUCUUGGCCGACAUUGGUCAGGACAACGACGACAUCGCAAACUAUCCCAACCCCUUCUUCGGUGUCAACAACGCGACCAGCCGUGUCGCCGACACUGACCAGCUCACUCUUGUCGAUGGUGGUGAGGAUCUGCAAAAUAUCCCUCUUCACCCUCUCAUCCAGCCCGAGAGACACGUCGAUGUUAUUUUCGCCAUUGACUCGUCUGCCGACACCACUGCUGACAAUGGUGGUGCCAACUGGCCCAACGGCACUGCACUGGUGGCCACCUACCAACGUACCUUCCUUCCCAUCUCCAACGGCACCUCUUUCCCUGCUGUUCCCGAUCAGCAAACCUUUGUCAACCUUGGCUUGAACAACCGCCCUACCUUCUUCGGUUGUGACGCCAGCAACACAACCAACAUGACCCCUCUCAUCGUCUACCUCCCCAACGCUCCCUACGUCUACCACAGCAACGUCAGCACCUACGACCUGUCCUACAACGACACGGAGCGCAACUACAUCAUCGAAAACGGCUACAACGUCGCCACCCUCGGCAAUGGAACCCUCGACUCCCAAUGGCCCACCUGCGUCGGCUGUGCCAUCCUCAGCCGCUCCCUCGAACGCACCGGCACCACCGUCCCCGACGUCUGCACCCAAUGUUUCCAGCGCUACUGCUGGGACGGCACGGUCAACUCGACCACAAACACCACCUACGAGCCCCCGUACAAGCUCGCCAAGGGCGAAGUGCUCGGCUUCAGCAACAGUGGUUUCAAGAGCACUAUGCCUUCAUUGGCAUUUGCUGUUUCUGCCAUUGCCACCGUUCUGAUGAUCAUGUAG